AUGGCGGGCUAUUCAGAAGAUCAACUAGCAGAAUUCCAGGAGGCUUUUCAGCUGUUUGACUCCCGUGGUGAUGGAAAAAUUCAUGUAGCACAGAUUGGAGAUGCAUUAAGGGCUCUAGGACAGAACCCAACUGAAUCAGAUGUAAAGAAGUGUACUUUGCACCUGAAACCUGAUGAAAGAAUAUCUUUUGAGGUUUUCUUGCCUAUUUAUCAGGCUAUCUCCAAAGCACGCAGUGGAGAUACUGCAAAUGACUUUAUUGAAGGCCUGCGCCAUUUUGAUAAGGAUGGGAAUGGUUUCAUAUCAUCAGCAGAGUUGCGCCAUCUCCUCUCUACACUGGGGGAAAAACUGAGUGAUGAUGAGGUGGAACAGCUGCUUCAGGGCCAGGAGGAUUCUCAAGGUAACAUCAACUAUGAGAACUUUGUUCAUCUCGUCAUGCAGGGC